AUGUUACGUGGACUACCAGAAUCAAAGAACAAAGUGAAUGACUUAUGGUCCAAAUUUACUGCAUGUAAGGGCGUCGACAAACACACUGUCAUCGAGAUCCUGGCGGAGUCAUUCACCACCAAGAAUCCAUUAGAUGUUGCCGUAGGUGUCCCCAAAGCUGCACACAGAUGUCUCCUCAACACACUCUGGCCACGACUAGUUCAAGAUGACCUUAGCUUCGUUGUGAAAGAUCCUCAGAGAGGGAUCUUAGGGGCGGUCAUCAAUACAGAUUUCUUCAACGAACCGCAGAUCCGUGUUCCACCAAGUAUGAGGGAAAUUGCUGCUUUGCAUGAGACAUUGGAAGAAGAGGCUCGUUAUACCUUAAAACAAGAGAAGAGGGGCCAGAGAUGGGUACAUAACUUAUUCCUGGCAACAAACAAUUGUUUAUCUGCCCAAGAUAAUGUAAGACUUGUGCUCCACCUGGAGAAGGAACUUCUGAGAGUAUCUCAAACAAGACAGUAUCAUGGUGUGUUUACCGUAAACUCAAAUCCUCUCAAUCAGAUGUUAUGUGAAAACUACUUAGGGUAUCGACGGCGAGGCACUGUGCGAGUGGCCUCCUUUUGGUAUGAGGGUCGACAGCCUUUUGGAAGACUUCCUCAUGACCUGCUCCUUGUGGCCAUGAUAAAAUCCCUUUGAAUGAAAGCAGUUCUCAUGACCUAGUAUUCUAACUGUUCUUAAGCUUCCCUCAUUCCUCCAUAUCUUCACUGUAUCGAACCUCUCUACUGCUUAGCAACCAUACAGUGUUUGUAUUAUGUUUGUGAUAUGUCUAUGACUGUGGUAGUGACUGUUAUCUGGAGUAAUAAUGUCACUGUGUCACGUGCCUCUGUAAUCAGCUGUUAUAAAUGUAUGAUAAGAGUACAUAGCAGAUGAAUAUAAAAGUACUUCAUACCAUAUAAAAAAAGUACUUGAUAAAUUUAGAACUUGGUAGUGCCAGUUGUAAAUAUGUAAUGUGUAGUUGUAAAUAUUAAAUUAAAAAUGUAUUUUACUGUAUUUUCCUAUUGAAAAGAUAAAUUAUAUAUAAAAGUUGGAAACCUUUGCUAAAAUACAGAACCUGAAUAAGUCCCAUAAUUAAUUGGCACGUUUUGAGGCUAAAUUGCAGUGUCAAAAUAGAACAUUUGUGAUCAUAAUGAUGCAAUCCUUGGGUAAUCAUUUUCCUUAAGAACAUACACUCUAAGAAUGUUUUAUUUAUCUCAUAUUUUAAGCUUAGCACAGUAUUUAAAGCAUACUGUUUUUCAGAAAGUGUCUGCCCAUGCCUCCAUGUUUCAUUGAUAAGUUAUUGCCAAGGUAUGAUUGGAACUACCGUACAUACAUACAGCAAAAGUUGUGUAGCAAUAUAAAUGCCAUCAUUGGAGGCUGAAAACUAGUCUUACAUUGUGUUCAAUUAUU